GAGAUGAGGGAGAAGGUCGAGCAACCUGCUUGUUUCUUCUCGGCGGAGAUACCGCUACACUGGAGGAUUUCGAGGUCGACGAGAGUGAGGGACAUGAGGCUGAGAGAUAUGUGGCUGUAAGGAGCGAGCGGAGAGAUGAGCGGUGAAGGUGAGUUGGUAGAAGGUCGGCAAACAAAAAGGAGAGAGCUUGGAGAGGAUCGCAACAGCUGCGAUGGAGUCCCGAUUGACGAGGGAUCUCCACUCCCUUCUUUCUCCAGCCGUCUCCCAACCUGCAUCGAUGCCGCUGGAGGAAGAAGAGGACUCACCGCCAAGCUGCACAAGUGCUACAUGGUCUCGCUCCAAAUGACCAAACAAGCUCCAAUUCAGCAGCAACAAGCUUCAAAGCCGCCAGCAGCUACUUAUGCCAGUACCAGGGUGAAAACAGAGGAAUUGGAGCAAGCCCAGGAAACAUAGUCGAAUUGGGUGGGAUUAAAUAUGUAAAAAGGUA